GUUGCAUCAUCGAAAAUAUCAGCCAAUUUUUAUUUCGCUCCCUCUUUCGUUUACUUCACUUCACUCUCACUUCUACACCGUAUACUCCCACCACUACUCCCACACUGUGACUACCUCCUCCUCCUCCCACUCACCUCCUGCCUUCUCAUUCAGCAAUAAGCCAAAAUGUCGGCUGUCUGCUUCGUUGUGUUAUGUUGUGCAGUAGGCAAGUCUCCGUGAUCGGAGCCAUUACACCACCCUCUGCAAACACUCACACACAAAGGAGAGGCCAGGGCAACUAACUAAGGAACGUACUAUCUAUAUACUAUUAACAGUGAUAGAGUUACAACAAUCUGAUAAUACAAAACCUCUUUACCCAUGUCUUAAUCAUAUUCAUUAUCAUUAAUAAUAAUCACACUCCCCGAGACAACAGGAAUGCGAUGAAGAAUACCAUGACAAGUUCAGCAGAUCGAAUGCGUCUUAAGGAUAAGAUUAUUACCAACGUUGCUCGGGCUAUAAAAGGGAUCCAUGAAUACCAGUUAUGCAGUGGUGAAUCUGAGAUAGUGUUGACUAACAACACAUGGCAUUGUCAUCGGUUAUGUGAACAUCUUGAUCAUGCAUUUCUCCAUGGGUUACGCCAUAUUACUCAUGGCUAUUGGAAGCUGGUCACUGAAUUUACACGGAAGGAAGCUGUGAAAGAGAUAAAACAUCUACAGAGAAUAACCACAGAUUUAGGCCGAGGUCGUGCCUGGCUAUUCCUUGCAUUAAAUGAGAAUUUAUUGGAAAGUUACAUGAGAUGUUUCUUAGAAAAUACUAGUGUUGUCAAGAAAUACUAUGUACGGGAAGCUUUGGUACUUGAUCAACAGAGAAUGAAUGUUCUGGUUACUUUAACAUCUGGUCUGGAUUUUGCAUCAUUUCAACUGGAAUAUGACCUUCCAUAUUUGGAUUUGAAUGCAUCACCUCCUAAAAGUAGAUCACAGUCUGACGCAGCUUCAGCAGAAGAUGAAGACAAAGUCUCACUUUGCAGUAUGGAAAGCUUUGCCUCCAGGAACAGCCUCUCUGCUAUUUCCAGUUCAAUGAUUGAGUCAACUGUCACUGCCACUGACAGUGAUUGUGGCAGUGUCAACAGUGACAAUGGUAGUCUGAAUAACAGCUUUCACCUACCAAAACUUUAUCAUGUUGGCUCACUAGAUUCAGGUUAUUAUUGUGGAGUUGACAGCAGUACGUCUCAUCGGCAGAGUAGAGGGAGUCUGACCAUGUCUGACAGUAUGUCUCUUUCGAGUAUUAGCUCAAACACAGAGGACUGCCGAUUCCGACGCAUUGAGAAUGUGUUGCCAAAUAGCCAUGUGGAUGGGGAGAACAACCUUGAGGUGAUCCAUGUGAAGUCAAAGGUGUUGAAGCGGAAGAAACGGGAACAGCCACGCAUAAAGAAAGAUGCCAUCAGUAAAAAUCACUUACCAAACACUGAUAAUGCCACUUUGGUGAAAACAAAUGCAACAACAACCAGAACGAGAGCAGCAACACUAACAGCAGCAACAUCACUAAAAACAACAACAAGAAACAUAAGUGUAAUUACAACAAAACCAACUCCAGUAUCUAAAAGUAAUCCUAUGCUCAGUGUGCCUGAGAAAGACACCCUUUCAAACUCUUACUCAAAAGCAGUAAAAAAUAAUAAAGUUCUUCAAAAGAAAGCUGUUGUCAACAAUCAAAAGAAGUCAGACAAACAAAAUGAUGUGAUUUUGGACAAUAAGACAUCAUGUGAGGAAGAGAAGGGUGAUCAGUUAAUUAGUUCAGUCAUCUUAAAUGGCAAACCUGUUGAUAUUGUAGAUAAAAAAGAGGAAAUAUUAACUGACUCAUCUCCAUCAGAAACUGUAAUCAGUGAUCAGUUACCUAAAGAGGGUGAUGAAGAUACUAAAGAGAACAAAGAUAGUUCUGAAGCAGAAGAGGUAGAGGAGAGUGAAGGUUCAACUGAGGGCUGUGUUGAUGUGGCUGAAGUGACCUCCUUAGGUGGUUACAAUGCUGACUGCUCUUCUUCAUGUGAAGAUAAGACAAGGGCUUCAUCAUGUGACCUGAUUGUCACAAACAGUGCACAGAAACCCUCUGUUGAUGAUGAAGAGGAGGACAUUUAUUGUAAGACUGAUACUGCCGAUAGACACUCUAGCUCAGUGCCAUGUCGUAAACAGGUGUUCAGUGAUAUAUUCCCGGUUGAUGAAGAUGUCCAUCUUCGUAAGAUGUAUCCCAGACAUGAUGCUGAUAGUUUGCAGGAAAAUGCUCUACAGCCUGAUCCUGGACAAGUUAUGAUAGAUAAUCACAUUCUACUUUACCUGAUGCUGGAAAUAUUUGAAGAAAACGAAAAAUUCCUUAAGAUGUUUGUCACUCGUGAAGGCCAGAAUGAAGGGCAGACAACUCAUGUUUUUGUUGUAAUAACAGCCCAAAGUAUAUAUUUACUCAAACAAAACAUUGGUGACCAGAAGUUUAUAAAAGAAUCUAGUAUUCCCUUCCAUGAAUUGGAUUAUAUUUCUCUGAGUGUUAAUAGUCAAGUAAUUAAUAUUGUAUGUGCCAACCGAAGACGUAAAUUCUGGCUGACCACAGGAGAUGAAGAAGUAUCCAGGUCAAUAAUUAACUGUUUAUCUCAUGCUAUGGAAACCAGUUUCUUUAACAUCCCAAAACUGAGUGUUCUCACAGAUGCCACUUCUCAGCAGAUAGCAAUGAAGAAAUACAUUUCCCAAGAGACAAAGUCUUCUAUGUAUGAUGUUGAACUUCACAGUUACCAGCUGAUACACUGGGAAGAUGCUCAGUUGACCUGCAACCAGGGGGAGUGGACCUACAAGGAAGGAUACCUCCUCCAUCGUUACCAUGACUACUUUAGGGGGUUCAUGUGGAAACCAGGUUAUUUCGUACUCAAGGAUGGAGCACUUUGUAUGUAUAACAACAAGACAGAUAGUAAACCUUCAGCUUUCAUCAACAUGGGCAUUGAGGACUGUACUGGAUGCCGACGAGCUACUGAUAGCGACAGAGAGAACACCAUAGAAAUUAUGUUGACCAAUGGUGACUACUGGUACAUUGCUGCUGCUACACCACUGGAGGCUAAUGAGUGGCAACAGAGCUUCUGUCAGGCUGCCUCUGAAGUCAUGCAGAAUCGUGGAGUGAUAUCAAACAGCUGUAUUGGUUGCUGUGUUUUACUAAGUCAAAACAAGUUACUUAUGUGUCAUGAGGAUCUACAGACUAAUUUCUUCCGUACACUGGGCAGUGCCAAUUUGGAAGAUGUCACAGCUAUUCUCCAAGACAACCAGAUCUCUUCCUAUUGUAUUCUGGAGUUUGAGUCCCAGGAAGAUGGUGUCAGUUCAGAACAGUGGAUAUUAUAUUUCAAUUCAGACAAAGAAAAGACCAAAUUUAUUAACAAACUCAUGUACUGUUGGAAGAAACUGUUUCAGAUUGAACUUCCUAUCAACAAGUUGGACUCUCUUCAGCUGAAAAUGAAAUGUAAACGACGUGUGGAACAACUAACUGAACACUUCUCCCUAUUAUCAUCUUAGUCAACAGUCACUGAUGCUCAAAUUGGGAAAGGGAGUGCUCAAUAGUUGCUCAUACUGAUCCUCAGAGAGGAUGGAAAUGCUCAGUGGUCUCUCAGUGAAAGUGGGUCAGCAAAGGUGGGUGGUAUUCAAUGGUUACUCAGACUGCUCUUCAAAAGAGGGGUGGUGAGGAGCAGGGGUCAUCACUACCUUCUGCCUUCUUCUGAUUCAGUUCUUUUGUCCAACCAAUGCUGCUGUUAUUUUGUCUCACUUUGAACUCUCUACUCUUCUCUCUCUCACCUCACAUGACCUCACUUGACCUGACCUCAUUUUAGUUAGUGUUUAUGUCAUUUAUUAUUAUUAUUAUUUCUUUUGUUACUCCUGCUGGUCCUGUCCAGUCCAGUCCAGUCUAGCUUGGUCUGGUAUGUUUUCUCCAGUCAACUCAGCUUGUUUAAACUAAUGGACACUGAAAGCAAGCUAUCUAGCAGUAAAAACAAACUGGCUUGUAAAACUACUACCACUACUACUACUAUUACUACUACUGAUGCUACUGCUGCUUCUUGUCCUUGUCUUCCUCCACUGCCUCCUCCUUCUGCUGCUGCUUGUGUGUCUCAUAUAUCAGGCAUGCUCAUUGAAAGCCCAAAAGUGUGGCAGAUAACUCAGCUAAAAUGACCUUGUGUGCUAGAUUUGUUAUAGUUAGCUCCAGUUCAGUAUAGACCAAGCAAAACAGACCUAUGAUCAAAAUCUUUCCAGUUGUGGCCAUCCUGUGUUUUUGUAUGUUGUGUGUUUUUAUUUAAGAUGUUAUGGUGUAAUUUGAUGAAAAUUUCACUAUAUCUUGUUGGUUUAACAACCAUAUAGAUAUUCCCUUGUUGGCUGAAGAACAUUAGGAGGAUGUAAGAAUGUUUGGAGAAAGUCGUCCGUAGACCAUCUCACCAAUGUUUUGUGAAUGUUUGGAAAAUAGUUUAAUUUCUGUUUUUGUAAGAGCAAACUGAAAUCAUUUGAGAAGAGAUGUCAAAAAGGAAAAAAAUUAACACAAUUAAAUAACAAUAAGGAACGUGUAUGUGGUCAGUCGACCUUCUAGAAAUAGCAGCAAAUUUUCCACAAAUAACACCUUACAAUCUUAAAUAAAGAAAAGACCACUUAGAUAAUUUACUUCUACACACUCCUAAAAAGACUCACUGGAUGGACAUGGCCAGAAGACCUUUCAUCAUAGGUUUGCUUUACCUGGGUUAGCUUUUACCAAAAGUUGUUUCUGAACAAAGCAAAAAAAAAAAAAAAACGUUUUUCUAAAGACCUAGAACAAAAUUCUUGUUAUUCUUUUGUAUUUUUUGUUAUAUAGUUUAAAUUUCACUGAUCUUGUGUGUAUAUGUGCAUGGGGAACCCUGUAAAGGAUUUGAUCUAAUUUAAUAAUAAUGUUUUCUUGUUAGACUUGUCCCUGUUUCAUUGUUGGAUCAAACAGUCUCUGUUUCUUUCCUUGAGAAUGUAUGUGUAUCUGUGUGUGACUGUGUACAUAUGUGUGCAUGUAUUUGUUCUGGUUAUGACUGUGAGUGUUUUGUUAUUUACUAACUGAACCAAGCAAUUCACUUUCACACAGAUUAAAAUAUAUUCAGGCUUGUAGAAUAUUGUACUUAUAACCUUCUUAAAUGUUUUUGGCAAGUCAUGUGAUCAUUAAUACUGCACCUCUUCCCCAAAUUUACUGGUUCCCUCUCAGGCUGUUAUGUAACACAUCUCUCUCUCUCUCUCUCUCUCUCUCACACACACACACACUUGUACAUACAUACCUACAUAAAUAUGUGUGCUCACUUGGGUUCCUUCAGUAUCUAAGCACGAAAAAGGGAGACAUUUUUAUAACCAUAUUCAUUUCAAGCAUAGCGAAAAUUUCUGUAUUUCUGAUCUAAUAUAUUGAUGUUGCAUACAUACAUACAUCCAUAGGAGGAGCACUCUGUCAAUUACGACGAUGAAGGUCUCAGCUGAUAUGAUCAACGGAACAGCUUGCUUGUGAAAUUGACAUGCAAGUGGCUGAGCACUCCACAGACACAUGUACCCUUAACGUAGUUCUCAGGGAGAUUCAGCGUGACACAGAGUGUGACAAGGCUGGCCCUUUGAAAUACAGGUACUACUCAUUUUUGCCAGCUGAGUGGGCUGGAGCAAUGUGAAAUAAAAUGUCUUGCUCAAGGACUCAGCAACAUGCCACCAGGAAUUAAACUCACAACCUUACGAUUGUAAGCCGAAUGCCCUAACCACUAAGCCACCGCCUUCACAUACAUACAUACAUAUAUAUGUAGUGUGUGUGUGUGUAUAUCUAUAUCUAUAUCUAUAUCUAUAUAUAUAUAUAGUUCAAAAAUAGGGAAAAGACAAAAAACAACAAUGUGAGGACGUGAUACAGAUAGUGUUACUAGAUGCUCGGGAAAGGAAAGAGGUCGUUGCUGGUGGUGGUGUCGGUAGCUGUGGAGACUGCUGUAGUAGCAUAUAUAUAUAUAUAUA